CAAUGUCAUUUUUGUUACAGAUUGUUGCCCGUAGACACGAUUUAAAGUUAAUUGUAACUUCUGCGACGAUGGAUUCAAGCAAAUUUUCUAUGUUUUUCGGAAAUGUACCGACUUUUACUAUUCCCGGGAGAACAUUUCCAGUUGAAACUCUUUUUAGUAAAAAUCCCGUUGAUGAUUAUGUAGAUGCCGCCGUUAAACAAGCUUUGCAAAUUCAUCUUCAACCACCAUCAGGAGAUAUUUUAAUUUUUAUGCCUGGACAAGAAGAUAUUGAAGUUACUUGUGAGGUUCUUGCGGAAAGGUUACAAGAAAUCGAAAAUGCACCCGAAUUAUCAAUUUUACCAAUAUAUUCGCAAUUACCAUCAGAUUUACAAGCGAAAAUUUUCCAAAGAUCUCCCGAAGGAAUCAGAAAAUGCGUUGUUGCCACAAAUAUCGCUGAAACUUCGCUUACUGUGGAUGGAAUUAUUUUUGUUAUUGAUUCGGGUUAUUGUAAAUUAAAAGUUUAUAAUCCAAGAAUUGGUAUGGAUGCGUUACAGAUUUAUCCGAUAAGUCAAGCUAAUGCGAAUCAAAGAUCUGGUCGAGCUGGUCGUACAGGUCCAGGGCAAGCAUUUCGAUUAUACACCGAACGCCAAUACAAAGACGAAUUAUUAAUAACAACCGUUCCGGAGAUUCAAAGAACUAAUUUAGCAAACACCGUUUUAUUAUUAAAAUCGUUGGGAGUUCAAGAUUUACUUCAAUUUCAUUUUAUGGACCCACCCCCACAAGAUAACAUUUUAAACUCGUUGUAUCAACUAUGGAUAUUAGGGGCUUUGGACCACACCGGAGUUUUGACUAAAUUGGGCAGACAAAUGGCUGAGUUUCCUUUGGAUCCUCCUCAAUGCCAAAUGCUUAUUGUUUCGAGCCAAAUGGGAUGUACUGCAGAAAUUUUAAUUAUUGUUUCGAUGUUAUCUGUUCCAUCGAUUUUUUAUAGACCUAAAGGGCGAGAGGAAGAAGCUGAUGGAGUUAGGGAAAAAUUUCAAGUGCCUGAAAGUGAUCAUUUGACAUAUUUGAACGUUUAUAAUCAAUGGAAACAAAAUAAUUAUUCAUCACAUUGGUGUAACGAGCACUUCAUCCAUAUUAAAGCAAUGAGAAAAGUGCGCGAGGUAAGACAACAAUUAAAAGACAUCCUCAUUCAACAAAAAUUAGAAAUAACUUCAUGCGGAACCGAUUGGGACAUAAUAAGAAAAUGUAUUUGUUCAGCUUAUUUCCACCAAGCAGCUCGUUUAAAAGGCAUAGGAGAAUACGUAAAUUGUCGAACAGGAAUGCCGUGUCAUCUCCAUCCAACAUCCGCGUUAUUCGGUUUAGGAAACACCCCCGAUUACGUCGUGUACCACGAAUUAGUGAUGACAGCUCGAGAAUACAUGCAAUGCGUCACUUCCGUUGAUGGUCAUUGGUUGGCCGAGUUAGGACCAAUGUUUUUCUCAGUUAAAGAAACUGGUAAAUCGGGGAGGGCCAAAAAGAAACAAGCAGCUGAACAUCUACAAGAGAUGGAAAAUCAAAUGCAAGUUGCUCAAGAAGAGAUGAAAGCGAGGAAAGAGGCGGCGGAAAAGCGGGAAGCCGCGUUAAAUAAAGGACAAGAAAUUAUUUCUGCUGGGGCUACACCCAGAAGAACUCCCGCUAGAUUUGGGUUAUAA